AUGAAAGGGCCUAGCAAAAAGGUGAAGAAAGAUAAUGCUAAAGAGAAACUGGCUAACAAAGAGGUGAAACUUGUGGGUGGUAACCAAGAAGAUGAUGGGAACAAUGGAGAUGAUGAGGGCGGGCCAGGAAAGAGAUCAAAACAGGCUAGAAAAGAGGCUAAACUUCUAAGGACCAAAGGGGAUCUAGAGAAACAAAGAAAGGGAAAAGAACAAAUCCAAAAGUUUCUGGCCAACCCUACCAAAACAAACAACUUGCCUGAGGCUGGGACAUAUUCUCAACAACUUGCCCUGCACUGCCUCACCACCAAUCAUGUGAACACUUUUUGCUUGUACCAUCACAAGAAUGACAAAAAGGGCACAAUGGCUGAGGAUCUCUGGGAGUACUACAAAAAUACAGGCACACCUCUUCCUCGAUGUGCUGGCAUGAAGAGAACCAAUGGCAUUACACAAGAGUUCCAGGAUACCUGCACUGUGGCUGCCCUGAAGAUGCUGUGCUACUUGAUUUUUUUAUCUGGAAAACCAUGUGAGAAACUGACGCUGAGGACUUUUUCUGCCUUCGGAUUUAACAUUGACAAUGUUUACGCCAUCAAUUCCGGAAGCAAUGAGGAAAAAAAAAACAUUUACAGGGCGAUAAUUCAGUAUGGUUUGAAAAGAUUGCAUAAGCUCAAUGACGACGACAAAGAAGAUUGUGAAUUAGUCACUGACACAUCCAAUAGCGACAUUUCUGAGUAA